GGAACAUGGCUGAACUCAGCCGGAGAAACACUUUCCGGAGCCCUGGAUAUCCCUAGCAACAUCACUAGACUUUCGCGAGCAAUCAAGGCUGUGAGCUCCGACGGGAUUCAGCAAGUAGUGUACUAUCAUCAAGGUAUCGGUGCCGGCGGAGGAAUAACGAAUCGUAUCGUCGGUGGAGCUACUGGCAAAGGACUCGCAGAAAAUGUCCGUGAAGGCUACGCAUUCCUGGCGACCAACUAUGUUCCCGGCGAUGAAGUCUACAUCUUUGGCUUCUCUCGCGGCGCCUUCACAGCACGCAGCAUCGCCGGUCUGAUCGGAGAUGUUGGCAUGCUCUCAAGAGAUGGUCUUCCAUUCUUCCCAGAAAUCUUCAAAGACGUGAGGAACAAGCACGACGAAAACUACCGUCCGAAGCAUCCCGACGUCCCAUUUCCGAACAAACCGAGCGCUCUAGACCCUGCAUACGCGAAGGAGCUCCAACGUCGAGGACUGACCUCACUGGGAGUGCGGAUCAAAGUCGUUGGAGUAUGGGACACAGUCGGCGCAUUAGGAACUCCCAAAAUCGGCUGGCUCACCAGACUUGGUCUCCAAUCCUCAUCAAUGCGAGAACUCUCAUUUUACGACACCUCCCUCGACGACUGCAUCGAACACGCAUUCCAAGCCCUAGCCUUAGAUGAGCGACGCUUCGCAUUCCCACCCGCACUAUGGGAGAAACUCGAAGGCAACCAAACCACACUCCGACAAGUGUGGUUCCCCGGAGCGCACAGCAACGUGGGAGGCGGCUACGAAGACCAACAGAUCGCCACCAUUUCCCUCGCCUGGAUGAUGUCGCAAUGCCAACCUUUUCUCGACUUUGACCUCGACUACAUUCACGACGAAUGGGAGCAGAACGAGAUGGAGUAUGAAGAAGCUGGUGAGAAGAUCCGCCCUUGGUCGUUUGGGAAGAUCUUCUCUGGUAUGGACGGGAUUUAUGCGCUUGGAGGGACGAAGAUUCGCACGCCUGGUCGAUACUGCGCGUAUAACCCGGCGAACGGGAAAGCGACGGACGACCCACUUAUUGAGACGCACGAGUAUAUCCACCCGUCCGUUCGAUCACGGAUGAAAUUGCACGGACCCGGCCUGGACGACCGUGGCGAAUACAAGUGCGAAGCGCUGAACGACUGGAAGCUCGUCAUAGAAUGGCCGGAAGGAGGAGCUAAGCGCCCGACUGUAUAUUGGCGUGCUCGGGAGAAGCCUGCAACCGGAUUCGUCAAGACUCUGCCGGAGGCGCCAUUGUGGGCGUUGGAGACGGAGUUGUUGAGAUUGGAUCCGGAGACGGAGGCGUAUAUCAUGAAGCCGUCUGGAGUACGGCGGAAGAGUCAGAGGUUGCAGCAAAGGAGCUCGAGUGCGAGAUCGGCUAUGCAGAGUGGUGGAGAUGGAGCUUUUGAUGAUCGGAGAGGUGGGAGUCGAAGGCUUGAAGAGGAGAGGAGGAGUAGUUGGAGACCGGAGAGUCGGAGACCUGAGAGCAGACGACCUGAGAGCAGACGACCUGAGAGCCGGGUACCGGAGCAGCGAAGGAGCGGGAGCCGGAGACCAGAGGCGAGGUCACCACCCAGGAGAUCGGCUAGUAGGAGAUGA